UUAUUAGACUGUAUUCGUCAAACAUUUGGACUCUUUUUUAUUGACAAAAACAUUGCAUUCAUUGUAUGCUUUGUUAUUGUGAUAGCCGUGAGUGACCAACAAAAAACCCGAAGUCAAAAGUGGUUAUCGGAAACAUUAGAAUAAUGUCGGCCAAUCAUUAUAUGACGGAACAGUAUGUGGAGCGGUUACUGCAACAGUAUCAGCCGGCAACUACUCCCAGACCGACACCACCAGUCGUGACAAAUAAUGUCAAUUAUGAACAACAAUUGAGUACUUAUUAUGGCAAAGAAGAGGACAUCCGAAGACAAUUGAAUGAAUGUCUAUUUAAGUCGACCUCCGAGACAAUGAUGCCACCGCCGGUCACAUUGUCGCAUAGCGCUCUCUAUCCGCGACCAACUGGAACUCCUCUAUACACAAGUGAUUCGUUUAGACCACCAGAAUCUAUGUCUUCAAAUGGCGGUUUUGCCACUCAAACUUCGGUAGUCUCCUCUCAAUACUAUCCACAAAAUUAUCCAAAGACUAUGCGAUAUAAUGCCAAAGUUAUUGAUUACGCCAACGGUAUGGGCAAUACAAACAUCGCCGAACCGAUGACCAAUCAACGGACAGUUUCAGUUCUUGGCGAACAAAACGCCGAUCUAAUGAGUCUGCAAAAGGGUAUCAUUGAAAGCGUUAAUGCAUUGCAAUCGGUUGCCCAACGAGUGUACGAACCGAUGAUCCAGAGACCGAUAAUGACUGCCAACCAACCGACACAAUACUAUCAAAUGUAUGAUAAUAAUCCUGAAAUUGCUAAGACAUCCACUCAAACGUUUGAUAAGAUAACCAUUAAUAAUAGGCAACAAAAAAGACGUAAACCAUACAACAAACAACCAUUAAUACAGACAACACCUGACACUGUAAAUAGACAACAACAACAACAGUUUGAUCCAAACAUACAACCGAAUCAACCAUCGAAAAAACCGCUAUUAAGUGAACCACCGAAACAAACUGUUUACACGAGAGAUACCUUAGCACAGGGUUAUGAAAACGAAGGCAUAAUAUUGACCACUAAUUUGGAUAAUAUUAUGACAUUUUAUUGUUAUUAUUGUAACGGCUAUAUUAAAAAGCUAUUAACUGUUGCCAAACAUUGCAAAUCAUAUGGUCAUAAAAAUAAUAUCGAGAGAUGUAAUGCCGAUCCCAUGCAGAAUACGCUGAAUAAACGGUUUCUUUUGGGUGAUGUCUUACCAAAUGAUUUAUCAGAAUCUGAUUAUUUCAAAAUUGAGACCACAUUACGUAUAGAAUUAGAGCGUAUUUCCAUACAAAACAAACACUAUUAUUGUCGUAAAGGAGUACGUCUGAGAAAACCUGGAGGGCCCCACCAAUAUCAUUGCAUUUUUUGCGACAAACCUAUUCAAUCAUUAAUAGACAUUGAAAGUCAUAUCAACACUGAAUCUCAUCGUAAAAGCGAAGACCGACCGACAUUUACGGUUAUUAUGGCCCGCAAUACUGAGCCCGUAAUUGGCCUACAAUUUAUCAAUGAAUAUGUUUGUCCAGAUUUAGUAGAACCGGUCUACGAAUGUCUGCUAUGUCACUGCAAAGACAAUGCCAAUAAUAUGUAUCGUCACGUUAGCUCAUUUGGACACCGACUUAAAAUAUUGAAAAUACUUAAUCCAGAGGAAACAGCUUUGAAUACCAUUCCUGAGACACCGCAAGCUAUUAAAGAAAUCAAAAAACGAGUCCAUGAUCUACAUAAGGUUUUGGGCACCGGUACUAUCAAACGAAUUAGAGGCAAACCGGGAAUCGAUACGAGUCCAGUGAAACAUAAUAAUGGACAACAACGUCAACAACAACAACAACAGUGUAAACCAAAUUCACGAAAUAUCGAAGUGAUUGACAUCACUGGUGAAGAGUCUCUUGAGAAGACUCCACUACAGAAACAGUUAUCAAUUCGUGUGACUAACUAUGAAGACGCCUCAGACAUUGCACACGUUAUUCAGACCAUCAAGAAAUCUGUGGUCGACUAUUAUGUGUCGAAAAUUCCGCCGCAUAUGAAGCGUGUAUUAGUGGACAAAGUGGUCAGCGAUGAGGAUAUAUAUGAAAACUACGAACGAUUUAUAACAAAAUAA